AUACACAAAUAUCUCGUAGUGUAUACAAGCACUAUUCUGUGAGUUACUUUAGCGAAGAAACUCGAAAUAGUUAUUUUGUGUCACCUCACGUACACGCGGUUUACACGCAACAUCUGCAUUAACAAAUGAUAAAAACAACUUAUAAAUAAUAUCACAGCUUACAAUGCACGCAUGGUCCACACAUGCUUACUGCAAUAUGUUCACAUUAUAAAUCAUUCUCUCAGCCUGCUCUAUUAAUUGACAAGUACCGAAAGGACUUUGUCAAUUCCUAUAUAAACCAUCCUCUAAUUCAAUAAUAAAACGAUAUUCAAUUUACCCAGUCUCACAAUUACCUUUUUCUUUAUCUUAUAAACUGUCUAUCUUGUUUGAUAGAACAUUUUUUUUUGUGAAGAGUAUAAUAAUUUGAAACUAUCGUUUGUUACCCCUUUUUCCACCAAUUUUUAAUUUUUUAAAAAAAAAAAAAAACUGUUGUCAAUGACAAACCCUAUGCUCAACGCUACCAUCGCUACGCGGUCUAGAGCUGCCAGUACAAAUUCUAGUAACAAUGGUGUCAUUGAACCCAUUACUACUACUACUUCUUUGGAUGUCUCUGACGAUGCCAACACAUCAGCUGACGACAUCAAUGACAGUGCGUCAGGCAAAAUUUCAGCCACAACGACCACCAACAUCAACUCUAGUAACAUGGAUCUAGAUACAGCCAAUAUGAAAUCCCUCGCAGAUCUGGAUCUCGACAACUUCAUGGAUGUCACGGAAGUCCUCCACAAUUUCAAAGUAGAGACGAAUGCUUUAAUCAUUAAAUUGGUCGUAGCUACUUCCGCCAAAAACAAAGAUAUCAAUAUGGUAAAUAGCUUACACCAAGAAGUGAAAUCAAGACAAUCAGUGUUGAAGACAAUUUUGGAAGCACAAAAUCUUACAUCAGAUUCAGAUAAGGAAAGUGAUGCAGACAACAACGGAGACAAGCGCUCUACAGUACCGAACAACAUGCCCUUAUUUAAGUGGAACACAGCCACCAAUUCUGACACUGGUUUCAACAGCCUCAAGGAAUGCCUAAUGAGGUUCGAGGACAUACUAAACGCCCAUGAUUUGAAGUUGGACACUCAUUGGAGACGGUUAAUCGUAUAUUGCCUGUCAGUUGAACAGAGAGCAUGGUUGGAUGAUUUUGUUUUAGACAACGCAAACACAGCUAUAUUGUACCACGAUUUUAAAGCAGCUUUCAUACAAAACUAUGGAAUAACCACGGC